AUGCUAGCUCCUCGCAAGAAACUCCAUAGCAGCCCUUCCUCUGUCUUGGACUUGGUGAACGAAUGGGUAUCACCAUUGUUGCGUCCUGGAGAUGUGGUGUGUGACAUUGGUUGUGGAGAUGGACGCGUGCUACUGCACUUGGCCAAGCAAUUGACCAGUGGUGCCUGCCACAUGGACAAAAUCUCGUUUGUGGGGAUUGACAUCAACCCCGAUCGAGUACAAGAAGCUAUUCAAUCUUUAUCUAGUGCCAAAGAAGAAGGAACCAUACAUCCCAAUGUGUCAGUUGUGUUUCAUUGUGCCAAUGCCAUGGAAUCGAUAGAUCUCUACAAGGACGCCACCUUUGUCUUUUUGUAUCUGAUACCGAGAGGAUUGAAGAUCUUCAAGCCCAUGCUAUAUCAAGUUCUACAACAUCAACAACAGCAAAAGGAAAAGAAGAAGUUGGACAAGAACAGGGACAAUGAUGAAAAUGUCAAUGACAACGUGAGCGACCAGUCCGUGAUGAUCCGGGUCAUGACUUACAUGGCACCGCUACCAGACGAAAAAUACACACGAAAAGGGUCUUGUCACGUCGAACACCAACCGGGAGCCGCUUGGCCUGUUUACUUUUAUGAAUUGUGCCCGAGUAUGAUUGACUGA